AUGGAUGAACAACAUAAACUACAAGGUAUACAAAGAUUCACUAUUUUCUGGUUAGUAUUCAGCUCUAUUUUUUCUAAUAUAGAUACUUCUAUUAAUGAAUAUUCUCCUGUAAACCUCACUGAUUAUCGAGAAAAGAUUGAUCAAACCUUCUCUUUCUUGGUCACUGGUGAACUUCAAGGAUCUAUCUUUGGUACUAAUAUUUAUACAGAUGAUUCAAAUAUUGCUGUUGCAGCUGUACAUGCAGGUAUUCUUUCAGUUGGAGAAAAAAAAUCAAUUGAAGUAAAAAUUUUAUCUGGACAAUCAACUUAUCAAGGUUCAACACAGAAUGGAGUGACAUCAUCUUCAUACGGAGCUUGGCCGGGAAGUUUCAUGUUUAUGACCGAUGCGAAUACUUCUUUGACAACUAUAACAAAUCUUUUGAAUUAUCGACAUAAAGUAAAUGAAGUAAUUUCCGUUUCUGUAACAGGAUUAAUAGAAGGUCCUGUGUUUGGUACUAAUAUUUAUACGGAUGAUUCAAAUGUUGGUACUGCUGCUGUACAUGCAGGUGUUCUUUCAAUUGGAGAAACAAAACUAAUUGAAGUGAAAAUUUUACCUGGACAAUCAAGUUAUAAAGGUUCAACACAGAAUGCAAUAACAUCGUCUUCAUAUGGUCCUUGGCCAGGAAGUUAUGUCUUCAUUGAAAAUAUUAUCAGUUCUGUAGCAGAAUCAAUGGAUCUUACUGGUUUUCGAGAUAAAGUUGGGCAUUCUUUGUAUUUCUUAGUCACUGGAGAUAUUGGAGUACCUGUUUAUGGUACUGAUAUUUAUACAGAUGAUUCAAAUAUCAAUGCUGCUGCAAUACAUGCUGGUGUCGUGAAGCUCGGAGAAGCCAAAGCUGUUAUAGUGAAUGUUUUACCUGGACAAUUGAAUUAUCAAGGUUCGACAAAAAAUGGAAUCACUUCUUCUUCAUAUGGACAAUGGCAAGGAAGCUUUAGAUUUAUCGAUCAUAAUACUACGUCUACAGUAACUAUUACAAAUCUCAUAGAUUACCGUAGUAAAGUAAAUCAAAUAUUAUCUGUAUCAGUGACUGGAUCGCUAGGAGGUUCUAUUUAUGGCACAAAGAUUUAUACUGAUGAUUCUAUUAUUAAUACUGCUGCUGUUCAUGCUGGUAUUGCUAAUGUUGGCGAAACAAAAAUCGUUGAUAUAAAGAUUUUACCAGGUGAGACUAGUUAUCAAGGUUCAACACAGAAUGGAGUGACAUCAUCUUCAUAUGGAGCGUGGCCGGGAAGUUAUACGUUUACGACUAAUACUAUCAAUUGUGUUAUGGGUCCAAUCGAUCUUAUUAAUUUUCGAGAGAAAAUAAAUCAAUUACUUUCUUUCGUAGUCACUGGAAAGAACGAAGGUUCUAUUUUCGGAACAGAUAUUUACACAGAUGAUUCAAAUUUAGCUGUUGCUGCAGUACAUAGUGGUAUGGUAACACUUGGUGAAACUAAAGUUAUCAUCGUACAAGUUUUACCUGGAAAAUCAUCUCAUCAUGGUACUACACAAAAUGAUAUAACUUCAACAUCGUAUGGUCAUUGGAUGGGAAGUUAUUCAAUUCUUAGUAGUAUUCCUACAUUUAAAAUGGCUCUAUCGAAUCUUAUUAAUUAUCGAGAUAAAAUUAAUGAAAUUUUAUCUUUCACAGUUAUCGGUACAACAGGUGGAUCAGUAUGGGGUACUGACAUUUAUUCUGAUGAUUCAAAUAUUGCUACUGCAGCUAUACAUGCAGGUCUUGUUAAUGACAAUGAAAUGAAGACAGUCAAUUUGAAAAUUCUACCAGGACAAGCUAGUUAUAAUGGUAGUAUUCGAAAUGGAAUUACUUCUCUUUCUUAUGGUUCAUGGGCAGGAAGUUUUGUAUUUGUUGACAAUACGACUGCCGGUGAAAUGGCUUCUGAAAAUGUAACUGAUGAUGGAAAUAAAAUGAAAGAAGAGUCAUCUGAGUGA